AUGGCAGAACCACCAAUACCCCUCCCAGACGACGCCAACCCAGCCGACAUCAAAUCCCAAGUCCUCCAACUAACCCUCACCUCGAUCCAGUCCUCCGACAGCGACGAAAACCCCUGCGUCAUCUGCCUCGAAACCAUCACCUCCCCCUCGACUGCCCUCCCAUGCGGCCACUCCAACUAUGACUUCCUCUGCCUCGCCAGCUGGCUUCAGCAACGGCCCUUUUGUCCCCUAUGCAAAACAGGCGUCACCCAAGUCCGGUAUACCGACGCCGACACCCAAAACGAACACCUCUACAACGUCCCACCCCUAGCACCCACACCAGAACAACCUGCCCGGCAGACAGUCUCACGAGCGACCAACCCGGCAGACGUUCUCCAAUUGGGCCCAUUGGAUUUCGAGAGAUAUCUUUUCGGAGACGUCACCUCUAUCCAAGUCCCCCCAGUCCGGCGCAACCUUCGCCGAAGACAGAGCAACCAUCAGCCACCACCACCAUCCAGCACCCCCGACCAAGCCCUCCAACAACGCCAGCACAUCUACCGGCACAACCUCUUCUCUCUGCACAUCGGCUCCUCCCCCCACACAAGCUACUCUCCAUCCGUGCCCUCACCAGCCGUCCUCUCUUCCACCCCCCAUCUCCUAUCCAAAGCCCGCCUCUUCCUCCGCCGAGAACUGCAGGUCUUCUUCCCCCCAACUACGGCAGCUCCCUCAACGGGGGACAGCAUCCAUCAAAACAGGGAGUUUCUUCUCGAGUACGUAAUUGCCAUGGUCAAAACCGUCGACCUCCAGUCUCCAUCCGGAGCCGCCCACGCCGAGAAUCUACUCAGAGAUUAUAUAACCCUACCCGACACAGGUGAUGACAGGACAGCACUCUUUCUACAUGAACUCAAGAACUGGAUGAGGUGGCGGGGCGAGCCACCAGGGAAUGUUAGUCUUGAGGGGUGGGAUAGGGGGGUGCAGUACCCUUCGCUUGAUGAGGGGAGGAAGCGAUAA